GCCGAUUAGUAACCGGCUUUCGUACUUUCGGUUUUGAUAAUCAUCAGAGUGUACAAAUUCUCUGCGAUUUUGUAUCAAAACAGUUAUCAAAUGGCUGCUAAUGGAGUUAAAGACGCCGACAUGUUGGAGUGUGACGGCGAAAAAGUUGUGACAAUGAUGGACGUUUUACAAGAACAACAGGAUUUCGAAGAAGAUGCGAAUGCUGUGCUGGGGGCGUCAGACGAUAAAAACUGCACUUAUUCCAAGGGUUAUGUAAAGCGUCAGGCCAUCUAUGCGUGUCUGACUUGCUGCCCUGAGGCAAAAAUGGAUGAGACAAAGAGAGCUGGCGUCUGCCUCGCAUGCAGUCUCCAUUGUCAUGAGAACCAUGAGCUUAUUGAACUCUACACUAAGAGAAAUUUCCGCUGUGACUGUGGCAACCCUAAGUUCGGCUCUCAAAUCUGCACUUUUACUUCGGAGAAAACUGAUUUGAACUAUGAUAACCGCUACAAUCAGAACUUCAGUGGAGUCUACUGUAUUUGUCACCGGCCUUACCCUGACCCAGAAGCUACAGAGGAAGAAGAAAUGAUCCAAUGUGUCAUCUGUGAAGAUUGGCUCCAUGAAAACCACUUAGAAGCCACAGUUCCUAACAAUGAUCAAUAUGCUGAAAUGGUAUGCAAAGCAUGCAUGGAAGACAAUGACUUUUUACAUGACUAUAGUGACAUUAUUAUAAAUAUUGUUGACAAAGAGAUAGUUGUUACUGACCCUGACCUAGAUGUCACUUUUGAGGACACAAAAGUCAAUGGAGAUUUGCAUAAAGAACAAAUUGCAAAUGAAGCAACAACAGAAACUGAAGGUAUUGUUGAGUCCAGUAAAGAAACUAAAAGUACUGAGGAAGAAGCUGAAAACAAAGAACAGGAAUCUGAAUCACAAAUUUUAAAUAAAGACCAGGAAUCUGAAGUGGAAGAUGAAAACAAAAAACAGGAAUCUUCGGUUAAACCUGAUAAUGAAAAUGAAAUAGAAUCUGCUGCUGAUGAUAACACAGUUGAAAAGUCACUUCCAGAAAAGGAACAAAAAACUGAAUCUGAGAUAAACACAGAGCACAAAAUGGAUGCUGAUACUGGAGACAAUGUAGACUCUUCAGAUGGUAAUGACAUUCCUGAACUAAAUAAAAUUCCAUUGAGCACAACAGAAAAAGAAGAGAUUUCAGGAGACAAUGACAUUUCAAAUUCUAGUAACGUGUCAACGAGUGAAGCAGGAGAAAGGGAAAUUUUAGGAGACAUAGACAUUCCCGAACCAGAAGAAGUAACAGCUAAUGUAGCAGAAAAAGUGAAAGAAACAGACAAUGAAGAUUUUUCAGAGUGUCUUGAAAUGACAAAACAAGACUCUACAAAUUCAAUGGAAGCUAAUUGUGAAAACGACGCAACAGAUGCAGUUCCCAAUGAUAAAGAUGAAGGAAACAUACUUGACAAUAAGAGGAAGCUUGAAGCAGAAGAAACAGACAAUCACAUAGUUAAGAAACAAAAACUAGAAGACACUAAGCCAUGCGUCAGACCUCGAGGAGUAAAAAGGAUGUUCAAAGGCGCCACUUUCUGGCCUGCUACAUUCCGGCAAAAAUUGUGCACCUGUGGAGAGUGCAUUUCUAUGUAUAAAGACCUAGGAGUUUUGUUCUUAAUUGACCAAGAUGACACAGUAACAGCUUAUGAAGCAUUAGGAAAGGAGAAUGCCGAGGGACCGUCAUCACAAUAUGAGAAAGGCCUACAAGCACUUUCAUCUUUAGAUAGAGUGCAGCAAAUAAAUGCUUUAACCGAGUACAACAAGAUGAGGGACAAGUUGCUUGAUUUUUUGAAGAGCUUCAAGGAUAGGCGGGAAAUUGUGAAAGAGGAGGACAUAAAGGCCUUCUUUGCUGGUAUGAAGCCAAAGCGCGAGCCUGAUGGCGUGUAUUUCUGUCGAUAAGUUUCAAUUUUUUAGUAUUUUAUUAACCUAUUGCAUCUUACAAUAUUUAAGUUAUUGAUUAUAAUAUUAGAUUGCAUUAAUUUCCAGUGCUGUAUUACUUUAGGGUUAGGGUAGGUUCAUAUUUCACAAGAAAACCUUGUUACUGAAGUGAUCCAAUAUAUUUUAU